AUGUUCUUCAACAAAGCAGAGACGCUGGUUAACUACUCUUUUGGAACAUGUCAACAGAGGAAGCUCUUUCCUCACUCCCACCCCCCAAACUUGUUGGGGAACAAGUUUCUCCCUCUUAGGGGAGUGCCCCACAGAGGGCCUGGAUGUUACAUAGCAGAAGAUAGGUAUGGCUUGGCAUACAACCUCUCUAAGAUCCCGACCAGUAUAAAAGGAUAUGCUUUUGGAGCCAGAACAGCUGUGAGGUUUAAGCCAAUCAGCAAGGAUAUGACACCUUACCCAGGCAUGUACCAGACAGUCAGUCCUCAGGAGAAAACACACAAACAAAAUUUUGCUCCAUUUAAUGCCUUGUUGCCUCGAUUUAGGACAUACUCUAAGGACACUUGUUAUCCUGGCCCUGGCACAUAUAACCCAGAGAUAAAGGCACCCAAAAAAAUCAUCUGGCCAAUGAAAUUUGGAUCUCCAGACUGGGCCCAGGUUCCAUGUCUACAGAAAAGAACCCUGAAAGCUGAGCUAUCCACAGACAAAGACUUUAGAAAGCAUCGGAACCGUGUGGCCUACCUAAGCCUGUAUUACAACUGA